AUGAUAUAUCACAGUGAACGAUCGCGAUCCUCAAGACAACUUGAAGAGACAAAGAAAUUCGAUUUCUCAACGAAAGAGCCAAAAUUCGAAGAGGAGAAGAACAAUAACACCAAGGCAGCGCAAGUUUUCAUCCCGCAACAGCCUGGCCAUUCCACUUGGGGAGCGAUCGCCGGCGAGUUAAAAAAUCGACAAAAGAUUGCGAAGGUUCGUCCUACUCCACACAUUCGACUCGGCAUCACCAAAGCAAAUCCAUCGACAACAAGUGGAAUGGCGGUGAAAGAAGAAAGCGCUUCUCCUCACGCAAAAGCCCAUUCCGAUUACGCGCAAUUGGGCGAUUUCCAUUUGUGCUCACCAAAUUCCACAGCUCCGAACUCGAGCACUUCAAGUUUAUUAUUCCCAAAAGACGAAGACGCCGUGUCAGUUGCGGGAACGGUUUUCAACGAGCCUUGGGACAGUAAUGUUUGGGAGAAUCUAUUGGACUUGGCUCAGCACGGCGAUCCGCGGCCGAAUCGAAUGAACGAAACAAUCACUGAAGAGGAGGACACAAGCUCGGAUCGAACCGGGGAAAGCAGUCAGAUGCAGGAUUCGGACGAUGAAAUGGAUCUUCCCCUAUCAACGAGCUACUACAGCUCGUCCACACAACGCAAAAUCCCUUCCGAUCAUGUGACGGUGAAAGCAUGGGAGAAAGAGAACAGUCAUUAUAGCAAUUUCGCGACGAUCGACUCGAGACGCGAGGGCUCACAGAGGGGAACUUUGGGAAGAAAUCGGAUACCAAGCCCCGAACCGAGCAUGCAUUCGUUACCCCGCGCCGUUUCCCGUUUCUCUGAGGCCUGCAUGGGUAGUUUGGACGAUUUGCCUACCCUUCAAAAUCUCAAUUCUUUCUCGCCGUUGAUCUCGAGUCAACGAAAGAAGCCACAAACGGAAGAAUUCGGAGCGAUCACCAUUCAGAAAUAUGUGGAAAAACUAGCUGAAAGCAGUACAACGGUUUUUGGGGCCACAGUCCGACGUUUUAUCGAGUGCACAGUCGAGGGAGAGGAGUGUGAUCCAAUGGUUGUUGUUCGAAAUGUUCGCCAAUUCAUUAACGGAAUCAAGAACUACUUGGUGAAACAUGGAGAAGGCGAUUUGCAUGAGCUAAUCACCAUAGAAACAUCUCGUCUGAACGCGAAUCGAAUCCUCAACAUUGACGCUAUUCUUGAAGCCGUUUUGCACAAGAUUUUGCUGAGACCAGUGAAGCCACAUUUGUACCAUUUAAUGGUAAAAGAGCAAUCGAGAAGCGGAACACUCCAAGCUUUAUCUACGAAUCUCUCAUUGGCAAAGGGAAUGUCACUCAAAGAGCUCGGGUUUCGCAAUCCUGAACAGCUCGCGCAGCCAAACGCGAUGACAAUGGAGCAGAUUAAAGUGUGUCUACGGAAAAUGCAACACCACUAUUCACCAUUGAAGAAAUUCGAGAACUUAUUGAGAGCAGUUUCUCUUGUGGCUCAACCGGAUCGUUGGUCGUUGGAUGAGGAGAAUUCGGGAGGAGUGAACGGAUCGGAAACUCUUCAAAGAACGCAAUCGAUUCACAUUCCGAAUGCAGAUGAUCUCGUUCGCUGGUUUGUCUAUAUUCUUUCGAGAACGUCGACGGUUGGGUGUGAAGUGGAAGCGUGGUACAUGUGGGAGCUUCUACCGCAACAAAUGAUCACACAGGGCGACGCCUCAUUCUAUUUGGGCGCUCUCUUCUCCGCAGUUCACAUUCUCAAAAAUGCGGACGCGAUUCGGCGAAUGUCCGACGAUGCGAGCGUCAGAAGCACUUUGGACCUCUCUCGAGCGUGCACGUCAAACUCGUCUCUUUCAAGUGAUGCCUUUUUGAGGGUGGCCGUGCCCGAUGAAGUGAAUGGAUGCAUUCGCUACUGUACACUGCCCGGUGUUCCGCAAAUGACAGUAAGCAAAAUUUGCAAAGUGGUCGCUCAUCAACAAGGGAUCACGAACCCGGAGGACUAUGGAUUAUACAUUCUCCGCUCGGGUUUCGAGGACUGUCUUCAUCCCACCGAUUCCCCAUUCUUGGUUCGAGAAGUGGCGAGAAGCCAUCAAACACCGCAUCUCUUUGUCUACAAAAGACAUGACGCGAAAAUCGCCUGGCCUCAGCAAUUGCCCGUGGCGAGGAGUCCCGCCAUUGGUGGGCACACUUUGCCACAAUUAUCCAUC